GAGACCAAUUCGAAAUACCACUGGGUACGAAUUUCUGUAUUGUCAACUCCAAAUAUUUAUUUUAGUGGCCAGGAGACAGGAAACCCAACCGAUGCUCCUGUAGUUGCUGUCGAAUUAUCGUCAGGGGUUCGACUAGCUAAUCUUAACCCUUUAAGACUAGGCAACCUUUCAUGUUCAUUCGGCCUGCGUGUUUA